AUGUCGCGACAGUCUAUAGAAGGUCUUUACCUGUCUUCGGAACAACAAGAGAUUCUCCUGGCGGCCCUGAAAACCGAUACUUCACCAAAUCAAUCGACGUCGAAUACUCAAAAGAACACUCCACAGAAUUUCAACUUCACUCCAAACAUGUCCAGUGCUCCAGGCUCCGGAAACCUCGAGUUCAGUGAUGACAGCCCAUUCCUGGACUUCGAUCCUGACGCCGACUUUGGCGAUGAAUCAUUUGACUUUGACGAGAAUAGUCGCAUGAUCGGCGAGAUACCCGGAGAGCCGGCGUCCACCGACCUCCACGAUAAGCGCAAGAGUGUCGACGGAAAAGAGGACGACGAUGAAGGCGGCGGUAAGAGAAGAGAAGGCGAAGACAAGACUGCCAAAAAGCCCGGAAGGAAGCCAUUGACUUCGGAGCCUACCUCAAAACGCAAGGCCCAGAACCGCGCCGCGCAACGAGCCUUCAGGGAGCGCAAAGAAAAGCAUCUCAAGGACCUAGAAACUAAAGUGGAGGAUCUAGAAAAAGCCUCGGAGUCGGCCAACCAUGAAAACGGCCUUCUUCGCGCCCAGGUGGAGCGCUUGCAAGUCGAGUUGAAAGAAUACCGCAAGCGACUCUCUUGGAUCAGCAGUAAUGGUCUGAAUAGAUCACAACCGGUUACAACUAGCCAAAAUCGCAGCACCAGUGGCAACGACUUCCAAUUUGAAUUUCCCAAAUUCGGUGACCUUCCUCCGAUGCCUGCGACAAGGUUGUUUGGCAGUUCCAACUCGCAGAGGCAACAAGCUUCCAGCAAUGGCAGGUCUCCGUCGGUUCCAACCCCAAGUACCACGCCUGGCGCUCAAAAUCCUGCCAGUCGUCGUUCCACGUCAGCUUCGCAGAACCAAGCGACAAGAUACGGGUCCAUGAGCCAGUCGCCCAUCGGCAACACCUUUACCGCCUCUCCCCAGCCUCAGAGCCAACAACAUGAGCAGAAUGGAAGUGUUGACAGCUUGUCUGGAUUGUUUAGUCCAUCCAUCCUGGAAGCCAGUCGCCACGCUAGUCUGGGAGGUUACUUCCCCAAAUCCGCUGUCUCUGCCUUCAACGGCGCGAGUCAGAGCAAUCGCGGCAGUCUUGACAAUGGAGUCUUGAGUAACUUGCCCGGGCAGUAUUCAAACUCCAGUACUUCCAACUCCGACUCCCCCAGUUCAUGUACCGAGUCGCAGAAUGCUAUAUCAUCAAUUGGCACUUCUCCGGAACCAAGCUUGAACUCUCCUGCAAACAAGCUUACUGAGUACAAUCUCAACCCUAUCAGCGAAGAACAUCAAGUUCCUUUUGGUGGUAAGGACUAUCUCCGCGAUCAACUCCAGCUGGCCUGUGGCUGUGCGGAGGAUCCGAUACCGCCAAUUUUGAAAAUGUCUAACGAGGAUCCGUUAGGCUAUGUUAAUGACCCUGGCUUCGAUGUCAACGGUAUCAACUGGCUCGCUCAACAGAACAACAAUACCUUUGACCCUAUAUUAUUCGGCGAUUAUCGCGAGACGCAGGACAAUAUCCUGUCGCAAGACUUUGGGGCAUUCUUCAAUGAUGCCUAUCCGCUCCCGGAUCUAGGCAGCCCUCUUCAUAACUAUAACGACGUGGCGCCAGACCCCGCGUCAAAGUUGGACCUCCUAAAACAAGUUGAAGAAGCCAAGAAUGGCAACGAGGAAGUUGUUCCCGAUAAUGAGAAACCUAUGACCUGCAACAAGAUUUGGGAUCGACUGCAGUCAAUGGAGAAAUUCCGAAAUGGCGAAAUUGAUAUUGAUAACCUGUGUAGUGAGCUUCGAUCAAAGGCCAAGUGCUCCGAAGGUGGCGCCGUUGUCUACAAGAAGGAUGUCGACGAGAUCUUGGGCGCUGUCUAG